UUUAUUUUUAUUGUAAAAUGGAAAUUUAUACGCCUCAUCCAUCAAACAGCACAGCAAUAAUUAUAGGACAUUAUUGCUGUGCUGUUCGAUGGAUGAGGCGUAUAAAUAAACAGGCGCUUAAAUAAACAUGGAAUAUUUCUCAAUAACGACACUUACACACUACCUGACGACUUGAGGCAAUAUUACUCGGAGGUACCGGAAUAUAAGGCAAAAUGUCCAAUGUAUUGCAAUCAUUACAUUUUGCCUUAUAUUCGAGUAACUCCGAGAAUGGGCGACGAUAAUAGUAAAGAUGGAGAGUGAAGAGGACAAGUGGAAGGUAUUAGAUGCAAGGAAAAAGGAAGGGAGCAGAUUGAGAGUGAAAAUGGAUGAAGAUAAAUCACUGGAGACGAGGGUAAGAGAAAGAGAGGAGAAAGGCUGCCGGCUGAAAAUCCACGGAUUUACCGACACCUCCGAGCGGGCUUACGCAGUCAUCUACUUGCAGACCGAAGACGAAAGCGGAAGAGUAGAGGGUGAGCGAGAUCCAGAUCUCGCUGCCGGACGCACUGUGGCACCUCAUCCCCGGACGAGACAACCCGGCGGAUUGUGCCUCUGGAGGACUUUCUCCGCGAGAGCUGCUCGGCCAUCCACUCUGGUGGCAAGGGCCAUCUUGGCUUCGGGCGGAGUCUGGACUGUGGGGGGCUCCUCCGACGACGAUCGAAUACCGUCGCGCGAUUCUCGGAGGAGCUCUACGGAAUUGACAAUCGGAACAAUCGAAAUGCGUAUAUUUUUCAAUUAGCAUACGUAUAAAACUAGAAGCUGACCGCAGCCUAUGUCGCAUAGUAUCAUGCCGAAAAAUUUGAAUGUGGCGAAUGCAGCAAGUGCGGUAAAUGCGACGAUGACGAAAAAUUCGAAUGCAGCGAAUGUGGCGAAUGCGAAGUUAGACAAGACUCAUCUGUUGCAAAAGUACCUACCUCGAUCUAUCCCAACCGGAAAAUGAGAUCCAGGUGCAGUACAUCUGGAUCGACGGAAGUGGCGAGGAAUUAUGUAGCAAGAUCAAAACUCUGAGCUUCGUGUCAAAACAUCCUUCCGGAAAUUGUUUCGAAACGCAUAGGAAAUUAUUUCGGAAAAGAACCGAAGACUGUGGUUGUAGCGUUACCCGCUGAAAAUAUCGUGGACAUGGCUACGUAUUAUAGUUGUUUAUUGUUUAUUCACGUCCAUUUUAUGCUCAUAGAAGUCAUA